UGUCCACAUCCAUCCAUCCACAGCUUCCCUUCCUUAGCAUCUCCGAACAGGUGGUAGAUCGAGCUCCACAAUGGCGCUCCUACCUCGGCGGUUUCUGUUCGGGGUUUGCGCCGUAGCGCUGGCGAUCGGCCUCGCGAACGCUGUGCACGGCGAGGCGGCGCCGGUCGUGGUCGGCCUGGCCAGGUGCUCGGACUGCACAAGGAAGAGCAUGAAUGCCGAGGCCGCUUUCAAAGGUCUCCAGGUUGCUGUCAAGUGUAAGAACGGCAAGGGCGAGUACCAGAGCAAGGCCGUGGGGCAUGUGGACAAGUCCGGCGCCUUCAGCGUCCCCCUGGACGCCGGCCUCGUCGGCGACGACGGCGAGCUGAAGCAGGACUGCUUCGCGCAGCUCCACAGCGCGUCUGGCGCGCCGUGCCCCGGGCAGGAGCCCUCCAAGAUCGUCGCGACACGGCCCGGCCGCGACGGCCAGACGACCUUCGUCGCGCUCGCCGGCGAGGUGCACCAACCGUCGGCUGAAUGCGCCUCAGCGUUCCUGUGCCAUCCUCUGCACAAGCACCACCUGGUCGUCUUCCACAAGCCCGUGACUGUCCCUCCCAAGCCCGACCAUGACCAUGACCACGACCAUGAUCAUGACCAUGACAACGACCAUGAUCACGACCAUGACCACGACCAUGGCCACGAUCAUGAUCACGACCAUGGCCACGAUCAUGACCAUGACCACGAUCACUCGCUCCCGCCUGCAGUCAAGCCGCCAACGACGCCGGUGUACACGCCGACGGCGCCAACCCCGACGCCGAUCUACCACCCCCGGGCCCAGCGUGACGCCGUCACUGAGCCACAACUCUUCAAGAAGAUGCUCCCGUUCCUCAAGAAGCUGCCGUUCUUUCCUCCUGCCAAGCAGAGCGGCGGCAAGCCGUAGAUGGUUUUGUCCGCGGCGGAGCGAGGUUGCUCGCUCUUUUGGUUGAAGCCACGAACGAGUUAUUUUUCGCUCCUUUGCUCACUGGUAGCAGGCGACGUUGCUUCCACAAAAUAAUGUUUGCGAGGACGAUUGUUUUUCAUUUCUUGAACUGGAUUGCGAGGACGAUUGUUAGUUCAGUUGAGAGGUUCCAUUUCUGGAGUAGUUCGAUCUGCAUCUGCUUGUUUUGUGUGUUUGUUUCACUCUGAUGUACCGUGUGUAGUACAGUGUGUUCGAAAUAUGAUUGGCAUCCUGUUAUUUCUCA